UUGCCGCGGUCCUAAUCCCGCUGGCCCUUGUGUCGGCAAAUCUGCGGCGGGCGGACAGGGAGAGUUUUGCUGGCACACUGGGUCUGUCUCCAGAGCAGAUGCUGGGUGGGCAGCCAGCCCUCCUCCGGCUUACAUUGAUCCUGGUAAUCCAGAGCAAGUAAGGAAAGCAAACAAACAAACAAAAAGAAAGCGAGGCUUUUGUGAAAUGGUCGUCCAACGCCAUUGGGGUCUGGAUUCUCCUUGGGCAGAGGUCCUGCGGUGAAUUGCAGUUGUCACAGAGAAGAAUAAUCUCCGUCAGCCCAAUGGUUAUCAAGAAUAUGAACUCUGCUGAUUUUAUCUAGAUGGAUGAAAAGCUUACCAGUCCAGAAGGGGAGCACCUUCAGUUUUCAGUAUGGCAGCAACUAGUGGUGAAAGUCAGCUCCAGCGGAUUAUCAGGGACUUACAAGAUGCUGUGACCGAAUUAAGUAAAGAAUUUAAAGAAGGUGGGGAGCCAAUCACAGAUGACAGUGUCAACUUGCAAAAAUUCUCCUACAAGCUUGAGUACCUUCUACAGUUUGACCAGAAAGAAAAAAGCACAUUGCUGGGGAACAGAAAAGACUACUGGGAUUAUUUCUGUGACUGUCUGGCAAAAGUUAAAGGAGCUAAUGAUGGAAUCCGCUUUGUCAAGUCUAUUACAGAACUACGAACAUCUCUUGGGAAAGGAAGAGCAUUUCUUCGUUACUCUCUGGUUCACCAAAGGCUAGCAGACACCUUACAGCAAUGUUUUAUGAACACCAGGGUGACCAGUGACUGGUACUAUGCAAGAAGUCCAUUUCUGAAUUCCAAAAUGAGUUCUGACAUAGUGGGUCAACUCUAUGAGCUCACUGACGUUCAGUUUGACUUGGCGUCAAGAGGCUACGAUUUAGAUGCUGCUUGGCCAGCAUUUGCCAGGAGGACACUAUCCUCACUUGGAUCUUCAGCGUAUUUAUGGAAGCCCCCAAGUCGCAGUUCCAGCAUGAGCAGUUUAGUGAGCAGUUAUUUGCAGGCCCAAGAGUUUCCCUCCAGCCCUGAUGCAAAUAACUCCCUAAAUGCUGAACACCUUGAGGGCUUUGAAGAGAUGCGUGUAGAACUUGACCAGGCUGAGCUGAGGCAGAGGGAACUUCAAGAUCGUAUUCAUCAGCUAGAAAUGGAAAACCAGGAGCUCCAGGCAACUGUCAGCCAUCAGAAAGAACAAGUACAGGUAGAAAAGGAGAAGAGCAGUAACUACAGUGAGGAGAACUCCCGGCUGACAAAGAUGAUCACAGAGUUGCAGAAGCAGUGUGAGGUCUCACAUGCCACUCAGAGCACUGUUCAUGACCUGCAUAAGUGCCUGCAGACACUGGAACUGAAUGCAGUGGAGCAACAGAAGGAAUAUUCAACAAAGCUGGAUGAACUGGUCAUCAGCAAGGAAGACUGUGCCUCAAAAAUGCAGGUGUUGAAUCAGGAGCUGGAAGCCUCUAGGGCUUUGAUUGCUAUGAAGGAUCUUUGCAUCAAUGAGCUCAAAGCCAAGCUGAGUUCCACUCAGCAGGAGAACCUCAACCUCUUUGCAAAAGUUGAUGCUGCCUUGGAGGAAAAGGGACAGCAAGCCACAGCCCACUGUGACUCUGCCCUGCGGAUACAGACACUGUUAGAGAAGCUUCAGGAGACAGAAAAGGAAAAGGCAAGUAUGCAAAGGCUCAGUGAUGAACAUGCAUCUCAGCUGAAAGUAGCAAGGGAGGAGCUACAGUUGAAAGAAGAGGCACAGAAGGAACUGGAAUCCAGAUACGAUCGCCUUGCUGCUGACUCCAAAGAAGAGAGUGAAAAGCUGCUUGGGAGCCUGGAAACCAUGGCAAAGGAAAUGGAUGCACUUCAGAAGGCCCUGACCCUGAAAGAAAAGGAGAUAGCUGAGCUCCAGACCCAGGUAAUGGGGUCGCUGGCUCAGGUGGGGUCACUGGAAAAAAGUCUUGAGGAAGCAAGGAAAGAAAAAGAGAAACUUGAGGAGGAGUAUGGUAGGAGGGAAGGAGCACUGAAACAGGAAGCCCAGUCACAAGCAGAGCAACUUGAACUGCAGGAGGGUCGAUUAACAAAGGUGAGUCAGACUGUGUAUAGCCUUGAGGAGCAAAAUCAGAAACUCUUGUCUGAGAAGGAGCAUUUCAACCAGAAAGUCAAGGAGCUGGAGGAGCAGAUGGAGCAGCAAAACUCUUCAGUGAGUGAAAUGGAAGAGGAAAGCAGGAAGCUGAAAGUGGAAAAUUCAAAUUUGCGGCAGUCCAUGAAGAAGGUGGAAGAGAAGCUGAAAAAUGUGGAAGCUUCUAAAGCUUCCCUGGAAGCCGAGGUGGUCAGGUUGAGAGCCUCUGAGAAGCAGCUUCAGAGUGAGAUAGAUGAUGCCCUGGUGUCAGUUGAUGAAAAAGAGAAGAAGCUCCGGAAUGAGAACAAACAGCUGGAUGAAGAUUUGCAGAAUGCCAGGAGGCAAACCCAGUUGCUGGAGGAGAGAUUAGAGGCUCUGCACUCAGACUAUGAGGAACUAAAGCAAAGAGAAGAGACCACCAACACGUCUUAUGCCUCACUGGAAGGACAGCUGAAGAGUGCCAAACAGCAUAGUUUACAAAUGGAAAAAAGUUUAGGCACUUUGAAGGAAAGCAAAGAGUGUCUCCAGUCACAGCUCACGGAGAAAGAAGUGGAACUGCAAGGCAUGGUGAACCAGUGUGAGCAGCUAAGAGCUGAAGCGGAAAGACAUAGGAAGAAAGCAGAGACUCUUGAGAUGGAAAAGCUGAGUGUUGAACAGACAUGCAUUCAUCAGACAAAGCUUAUUGAAUCCCUUAAAUCAGAAAAAGAUUCAGUGGAAAAACACCAGUUACAGCAGGAAGCUUCUCUGGAGAAGGAGGCAAAAGAGCUGGCCUCCAGACUGACCAUGAGUGAAGAGCAGUUGGAGGUCAACCGAGGUGAAGUGUCUAGGUUGCAAGCAGAAGUCUUUGACUUGAGAGUCAAGCUUCAGCAGACCACUGAUGAGAGAGAACAGAUAAGAGGUGAGCUGGGAAUGACAGAGACUGUCCUGGGAGAGCAGAAGGCACUCGUCCAGCAGCUGAAAGAGCAAAACGAGUCACUCAACAGAAACCAUGUGCAGGAACUGGUACAAUGUAAAGAAAGAGAAGAAGUGCUGAAAAAAAAGCAGGAGACGGCAGCUCGUGAAAAAGCUGAGCUGGAAAAUAAUUUACUGAACCUGAAGGAAGAGCUAUCCAAGGCUAAGCAGUUGCUAGAAGUUGCUGGAAUGGAAAACGAAGAAAACAAAGAUCUCCUCCACAGGACCAAUACGGAUAUGGCUGAACUUGGUAUUCAGAUUUGUGCUUUGACCUCUGAAAAGGUGGAUGCAGAAGAGCAGUUAGCCCAGGCCACAGAAAGGCUCAAAGAACUGGAAGGACAGGCAGCAAAGCAACAGGAGAAGCUGAACCUUGAUAUCACUAAUCUCAGACAGGAGAACAAGAGCCUGCAAGAGAAAUUAGAGGAGGCUCAAAUAUGUGCCGCAGCUGUCCCAAGUCUGCAAUUGCAGCUGGAGACAGUAAAGAAACAGGCACAGAGUUUCCAAGACACCAGCCAAGAAGAGCUCUCUGCAAUAAAAUUUCAAAUGAGCACAGAAAUUCUAAAUUAUCAGACAAAAUUCAAGGCUGCCAGUGAAGAGUGUGGGAGAGUAAGAAACCAACUCGAGGAGCAGAAACGACAGCAGCGUGCUGCAGAGGAGGAGAUUGCAGAGUUACAAGCUGCAAACACAAGUUUGUCUAGAAAGCUGGAUGAAGCACAAGAGCAGCUCUCUGAAUCAGAAACUGCUCGGCUGCAGAAGGAAGAGGAGCUGACAUCUCUGAGAGAACUCCUGGAAAGUACCCAAAAAGAAGCUGAUGAAGCAAAAGCGAAAGUCCUGGACUACAGCGAGAAGCUCAGCAAGGUGGUAGCAGACAAAGACAGCAGUGACCAGAAGUUAUUUGCUGAACUGGAUGACCUGACGAGAACAAAACAGUUCCUUGAAGAACGAUUGAUAGAACUUAUCAGAGAUAAGGAUGCUCUGUGGCAAAAAUCAGAUGCUCUGGAGUUCCAGCAGAAGCUUAGUGCAGAGCAAAAGUGGCAGGGGGACACAGAGGUUAAUCAUUGUCUGGAUUGCCAGAAGGAGUUCUCAUGGAUGGUGCGCCGACAUCACUGCAGAAUGUGUGGUCGGAUUUUCUGCUACUACUGCUGCAACAACUACAUGGUGACAAAGCCUGGUGGAAAAAAGGAGCGUUGCUGCAGAGCUUGCUUUAAUAAGCCUCGAGUCAUUGUGGACAGUACAGAUGACUCUGGAUCCAGUGCCAACCCGGAAGGGUCACCAGCAUCACUGGAAUCACCCGUGUCACCAUCUGAGAGGGCUUUUGUUACAAGUGAAGCCUCUAAACCACCAGAUGAUGCAGCAUUUGAUAUAAUCACUGAUGAAGAGCUGUGCCAAGUACAGGAAUCGGACUCUCUCCACAACGAAAGUCAGAUGGAGGAAGACUCUCUGGAUCAAAGCGUGACGGAUCUAAACAGCAUGUGUAAUUCUUCAACCUUUGACGAAUCAGAAGAGUGGCAAGUUGCUCAAGAUGCUGAGAUAUGCUUGUUGAAGUCAGGAGAAAUCAUGGUCAAAUUACCCCUUACAGUGGAAGAGAUCUUAAAUUUUGGGGAAAGCAACAGAGAGCUGUUCAUUAAAUCCAGUACUUACAGUAUCAUUCCCAUCACCGUUAGAGAGAUGGGGCUAACCAUUAGCUGGAUCUUUUCAUCUGAUCCUAAAAGCAUAUCUUUCAGCGUUGUCUACCAAGAAUCAGAAGACACACCACUGGAUCAGUGCAAGGUUCUUAUUCCUAUGACCCGCUGCAAUUCUCAUAACGAAACUAUCAGAGGACAGGUGAAGGUCAGAAACUCUGGAAUCUAUACGCUGAUAUUUGACAACACAUUCUCUAGGUUUAUCUCAAAAAGAGUGUUUUAUCACUUGGCUAUCGAGCGACCUGUCAUCUAUGAUGGAAGUGAUUUUCCAUAGCCUUGACUAUACUGUGUUAUUUUUAAUUAAUUUUUUAAGAGACACUAUUAUUUAUGUGUAUGUAAUCAUUAUGAUUACCACUGUUUGAAGACUUUGAAACUAUGCAAUAGUUAUAAAACACUUAGAGAACGUGUAUACACUAAAGAAACAGAAGCCUUUUUAGGAACACUAAUGGUUCUGUACUGUGUACAGGUUGCUGAAAGCCAUGUUGUUUGAUUUAACAGGUCAAUAAUAAUUACAGGUUUUUUCAGUGGGAAGAAAAAUAAGUGUGAGGGUGUCUAAAUGCAAACUGAAAUUCUCUAUUGAAAAUUGAAUUACUUUUCUUCUAAAAAUACCCUUCAAAAGGAAAUCUAAAGAAAAAUAUGUAUUUUUGUUGAUCUCUUCACUGAGGAGUAAACGUAACCAUCGCUGUUCUGCUCUACUACUCUUACAGUCAGAACGACAACUAUGCAAUACUUCCAUCUUCAAAGGCAUAUAUUGUAAUCCAUCUAGAAUUUUUUAUCUUUUGCAAGUUUUAUAAGCAGCAAACAUAGGGUUUUUUUACGUUUUGGGUUAAGAUUUGGUAACUGGCUUUUACAGAUGCUUUGAUACUGAAUACCAGUUACAAAUCAAUACAACACAAAACAACUCCUUACACUUUUGCUCACCAUACUCCGUAAGUUGGUCCACUGAAAUCAGCUCUUAAGAUGAGUACCAGUGACAGGAUUAGGAGUAUCAUAUGUAGAAUAAAGUACUACUCACUGUGUGAUAUCAGGAAGAGGAACAUUCCUUUUUCCUGCUUUAGCACCUUAGUCGUCAGCAUUCACAGAAAAGCACAGUUUCUGGGAGGGUCAUCAGUGUCUCUCUCUCUCUAGACCACAUGGAAGGUAGCAAUAAUGUUUGAUUCGGUCUCAAAAAGUCCAUCCAAAACCAGAUGCAUAUCCAGCCCUGAUGAGCUCUCCACCUGGUGUUAGUGUAUUCAAUCCUUUUCCUAACCGUUUCAGUUGCCCUAGACAACUGCUAACUUCCCAUCUCUGAUUUGGGGACGGCACUGGCUGUAAACACUGUCUUUUUAGGGAAGACUGGGAUCUCUUUUAUGCAAAAUUUCCAUGCGAACCAUCUGCUCUCUAUAUAGGAUAUCAGGUUUUUGUCAAAAUAACUGAAAGCGGAUUUUUUUCUGUUUAAAAAUCCUGUCUUCUGACAGAAAGGCAAAACACUUGGCAGGAGAAAGGAGAAAAGCUCUUUCUCCCAACCAGCCCUCCUCAUCAUUUCAGGUGUGUCUGGUUUCUCAUAUUAUUGUUCUCCCAAGGAAACCUCAGGCCUGGCAGGCUUUAGGCACAGCUGUUGCUGGUGUAUGGGGGUCGUGGUGGGAAGCAAAAAUAAAACAUAAGGGGCAAAAAGGGCAAGCACAAGGCGAAGCAAGUGAUUUAGGAAAGUGGAAAGGGGCAAACUGGUAAGCAGGGAAUUGGAGGGAACAGCUCGACUAGGGAAGGAAGUCAGGAAAUCCGGCUGAUGGUUGUGUGUUGCUGGUCCAAUCCGUUAUCCAUAGGGAUCUCCUACGCCAAAAGGCUGGUUGUUUAAAACAUGGAGAUCACAAGACAAGGGUUAGAUGUUUACAUAGUAGCAGCUGAGGUGGAGGAAAUUCCAGAUCACAAGAAAGAAAAGAAUACCGCAGAUAAAUCUAAAUGUUGCUAAUCAUUCAUUCUGGUUGUUAACAAUGUAUGAAAGCAGUCCUCUUGGAAAAUAUUGUGGAAGAAUGACUGCUUUUCAUGGAGCACCUAGAUUUUAGGUGUCUACUCAUCCAGCUUAUCAACAGCUUUCCCAUCCUUUCAGAUGCCUCUUCCCAGUAUUGGUGGUGUGCUCUCCAGCCUCUGCCUGGCAGAGGGAUCAGGGGGAGCAGGAGCUGCUUUACGCCCCUUCCUGAGGGAAGAGGCUGCAAUGAAGUUAAACCCUUACCUGGCUGUGUGCAUGAAAAUGAGGUGGACAAGAGACUGAAGUUGGCAAUAAUUGGCAACAGUUCAUGAAUUAUGGCCUAUUUCAGUGUUGAAGCUAUUUUUUAUAUUUAAUUAGGUAAGAAGAGAUUAUUUAUUGCUUAAAUAUGGAGUACUGUGUACGAUAUGCUAUGCAGUUUCACUGGGCUGUUACUGAAGUCCGCUGCAGUUUUCCUUUAAGCUUUUAGGUGUGGUUUUAAAAAGCAUUUUGCUGUUGUUUUAGAAUACUAAUCUUACUAGGAUAUCUUUCUUAAAAUGCCAAAUGUAAGGGUAAAGGGACACUGUCAAGUAUCUUAGGCUAAAAUAUGACAACUCUGCUCAGAAGUAUUUGAAAUAUCUCUGUUAAGAAUUAUUUGACCGACUUGCCUGUGGAUUUCCUCUCUGCAUCCCAGUUCUUAGCAUUCUUUCAUCCUGUGGCAAAUAUUUUUGAGCCACUGUUCAUGUAACUCCUAAAGUAUUUGGCUCCGUCCCAUAAGCCAGCUGUCACCCUGCACAUCUUUCAAGUAGGCAGUCCUGAAGCUGGCUGCAGCGUAUGUUUGGGAGGAGAGGGAAAAAACACUGGAUUGUUUUUGUUUAGCAUUUGAGUCUUUAUGGUACCUUUUCUUCAGAUUCUCCUGCCCUAUGAGAAUAGUUGUAUGGCUCUUUUGCUCUCUGAAAGAGGACUAAUAGCGGGAGCCAGAACCUGUAAUUUAAAGACAAAAAAAAAAGAGGUUUGCUUCUAUCCAAGAAGAGC